UUUUCCGGUGGUCGAUCUGCGCAGCUGCAUGGUUUAGCUGGCUACCUAACAUAGGAUACGCUUUUUCCGUUUCAAUCUGAUUUUAUACAGUUUGGACUAAUUGUAUUAUCAUGUCGUACCACGACGACGAGGAGUAUGAUCCUUAUGCCUACACAAACGACUAUGACCUGCACACGGGCGACCCUAAAGCCGACCUGGCCUAUGAGAGGCAGUAUGAGCAGCAGACCUACCAUGUUAUCCCAGAGGUGAUCAAGAACUUCCUGCAGUACUUCCACAAAACCAUUUCUGAUUUGAUCGACCAGAAGGUUUAUGAGCUGCAGUCCAAUCGCGUGUCCAGCGAGAGCAUUGAGCAGAAGAUAUACGAGAUCCAAGAUGUCUAUGAGAACAGUUGGAACAAGUUGACUGAUCGUUUCUUUAAGACCUCUCCCUGGCCGGAGGCUGAGGCCAUUGCAUCCCUUGUUGGCAAUGACGCCGUCUUCCUCAUCCUCUAUAAAGAGCUGUACUACAGACACAUCUACGCUAAAGUCAGCGGUGGGCCAACUUUGGACCAGAGAUUUGAGUCUUACUACAAUUACUGCAACCUGUUCAACUAUAUUCUGAAUGCCGAUGGACCCGCCCCUUUGGAAUUGCCUAACCAGUGGCUGUGGGAUAUUAUUGAUGAAUUCAUCUAUCAGUUCCAGUCCUUCAGUCAAUACCGCUGUAAGACAGCCAAGAAAUCUGAGGAAGAGAUUGAGUUCCUGAGGAACAACCCAAAGAUCUGGAAUGUACACAGUGUCCUCAAUGUUCUCCACUCACUUGUUGACAAGAGCAACAUUAACCGGCAGCUUGAGAUCUACACCAGUGGAGGAGACCCAGAGAGUGUGGCAGGAGAAUAUGGACGACACUCCCUGUACAAGAUGUUGGGCUAUUUCAGUUUGGUGGGACUCCUGAGGCUCCACUCAUUGCUGGGUGAUUAUUAUCAGGCCAUCAAAGUCCUGGAAAACAUCGAGCUCAACAAGAAGAGUAUGUACUCCCGCGUGCCGGAGUGCCAGAUCACCACCUAUUACUACGUGGGUUUUGCCUAUCUGAUGAUGAGGCGCUACCAAGAUGCCAUCCGUGUCUUUGCAAACAUCCUGCUCUACAUCCAGAGGACAAGGAACAUGUUCCAGAGGUCAACAUAUAAAUAUGAGAUGAUCAACAAACAGAAUGAGCAGAUGCAUGGGCUUUUGGCCAUCGCUCUCACCAUGUACCCAAUGCGCAUUGACGAGAGCAUCCAUACUCAGCUGCGGGAGAAGUAUGGGGACAAGAUGCUGCGAAUGCAGAAAGGGGACCUGCAGGUGUUUGAGGAGCUGUUCAGUUUUGCGUGUCCAAAGUUUCUGUCACCUGUGGUGCCAAACUAUGACAAUGUCCACCCCAACUACCACAAAGAACCCUUCCAGCAGCAGCUGAAGGUGUUUGCUGAGGAGGUGCAGCAACAGGCACAGCUGUCCACUAUCCGCAGUUUUCUUAAGCUGUACACCACCAUGCCGGUCGCCAAGCUUGCAGGAUUCCUGGACAUGAGUGAGCAGGAAUUUCGCAUUCAGCUGCUGGUCUUCAAACACAAAAUGAAGAACCUGGUGUGGACCAGCGGGAUCUCUGCUCUGGACGGAGAGUUCCAGUCUGCUUCUGAAGUCGACUUCUACAUUGACAAGGACAUGAUCCACAUCGCUGACACUAAAGUGGCCCGUCGCUAUGGCGACUUUUUCAUCAGACAGAUCCACAAGUUUGAGGAGUUGAACAGGACGCUGAAGAAGAUGGCGGCCAGCGGUGGCUCGACAACCUCGGGGAACACCACGGGCCGAUGAGUCUCG